UUACUGCACGGUACAAAACUGUUGGAUAAACUUUUCCCCGUGCCCUCUUCAUUGGACCAUCGACUCUUCUUCUCGAGUUUCCCACAUCUCCCUCUUGUUGAAAUGUCUACAGCCACUAAACUGGAGAAAUGUAUGGAGUCUCUUAUUGAGGUUUUCCAUUGCUAUGCAAACGAUGACAAGGAUGGGUCCUCCUUAAGCAAAAAAGAAUUCAAAAAACUUGUCGAGACAGAACUGCCUAAUUUCCUGAAAGCCCAGAAAAACCCAAACCUGGUGAAUGACAUGAUGAAAGAUCUGGACCAAAAUAAAGACCAGAAGGUGGAUUUUGAAGAGUUCCUUGCACUGGUUAAUGGGAUUUCGAUGGCCUGUGAAUGCUGUUAUAAACUGCAUGCACAGAAGGGAAAGAAGUAAAAAUAUAUAUAUAGGCUGAUAUGGAACAUCACUGCGAUCAUCUUUUAAU